AUGCCUUCCGCCGCGGCCCGACGCUUGUACGAAGAUCAAAUACCAUCCUUCAUGUCAGUAUUUGAUCUUGACGCCGACACGAUAGCGGAAGGGGAGACUGUCACGCUGGUUGAUACCAAAAUGGUCGACAUGCCACCCAAGCAAUCGGCCUUUGCCGACCCAUCACAACCACCUGCCCUUGGGCAAGGAGGAUUCCCCCCGGAUCCGACACACAGGCAUCACGACAGCACGUCUACCCAAAUGUCAGAAUCAACCGAGUCUUCUCCUACAACAACAUUAUCUACCACCGACUCUUCCCCAUUGUCGGAUCCUUCACCAUCCUCGUCACCAGAUUCGCCUAUCAACUUGAUACCCUUAAAUGAUUAUCCGUCCACAACGUUCGGUUGUCGCCCAGCCACGUCACAAAACAACAUGCUUUGUAUUCCCGAAUCCCAUGCUUUGGACCGACCUAUGACAUCCCCGGCUCCUCGGAGGCCGAGGAAUAUGAAGGGUUUAUCUAUCCAACCCCCAUUAACUGUUUCCACUACCUCCAAGUGUAUUGCCACAGAGCCGUCCUCACCUUCAUUCAUCAAGCCAAAGAUCCCCGGCAUGAAGCGAAAACCCAGUCAGCUUAGCUUGAAGACGGGUGCUUCAGACUUGGUCAAGAAGACAUCGCUGGAGGUGCCGGCAUCUCCGGCAAUGCCGCCAAUUUUGCAGCGCCGCGCAUUGAAGCAUUCUACUUCGUCACCUCAUAUAUUCGCCGCCAUGAAGUCUUCUACGUUCGGCCCUCUUGGGGGAAUGACUUUUCCCAAAGUCCUCGAACGAAAUGAGUCUGGUCUAUCAGAAGUGUUGCGACCUAUGAAGCAAAAGUCUGUCAUGGACCUGGACGAGUCUAUAGUAGAGGAAGACUCUCCAAUUAAAACUCAGUUGGCAAAUCGCAGCGAGUACGAACCAUUCCACGAGACGGCGAAUAAUGAAGAUCAAAAGUCGCCCGGAUAUCCCAAUGGACCCAUAGCUAUAUAUGGCGACAACAUUUUUUUGUAUCUUGAGCCUACUGCUGAAGAAGCCUCCCGGUUUGAUGUAGUGAUCAAUGUGGCUAGGGAGGUUCAAAAUCCGUUUCUAGCUGCUGAACGGAUGUUUGAGAAUGCGUCAACCACGGGGAAUGAGAGUCCUAUCCCGGACACGGCGGCAACAAUUGCCAGCUUCGCGACAGCUUUUGAAUAUCAACCGAUAGAAGACUCGACAAUUGAUACUCCAACAACUCCGAAGGCAAACCCUUGGCAUGUCCCAGAGUAUAUCCAUAUUCCUUGGGAUCACAAUACCAAUAUAGCGCCAGAUCUAAUGCAUCUUUGCGAGACGAUUGAAAACCGAAGCAAAAACGGCAAGAAGGUCUUAGUUCAUUGCCAGCAAGGGGCCAGUCGUUCUGCAAGUUUGAUCAUCGCCUACGGCCUAUAUCAGUCCCCAGAGUUGAGUGUCAAUGACGCAUACUACGCCGCACAAGCCAAAAGUCGUUGGAUUAGUCCGAAUAUGAAACUCAUGUACUCACUGCAAGAUUUCUACAAAGAACUUACUAAAAAGAGGUCACCAUCAUCCUCGACUCAUAGGCCACGAACCGGACGAAGUCCGACUAAGCAUCGACUGACGCUUUCCGCCGAUGCCAUUGAUAUCACUUCCAAGGAACCCCACACAGCUCCUCUACCAGGAGAAGAGACGCCUUCAGACGCAAUAGAUUCUGACUGCCCGACUCGACCCCGGGGCAGCUCGACACCUGGCUCACAGGCGAUCUCUCCAGGUCCUGCAUCGGCACCAUUGAGCUACUCGUGGAAAGACCACUGCGAAAAGACCGUUGCUGAGUCAAGUCCCUCAGUGCCCAACCAACCGUUUGAACCGACUCUGCCUUCUUUACAACCCUUGCCAGUUUUACAGACCAGGGAAGUUUUGGCUCCUCCAUGUGAUGCACCAAUCUUUGCGAAGUCAGAGAAUCUCCCACAGCGACCUAAGACUGGCUUGGGCCAACCAGAGCCCGGAUUUGGGCUUCCAAACCAAUCGUCGACGAUACUCGGCCUCCGAUCCUUUGAGUCACCCGGGGCCUUUCCCAGCUUCCCUUUGCGAAAAUUCCAAAAGCUCUCUCCGCAAGAUCCAAUUGACGGCACACGUACAGAACGAACGGUCACGUUGAGCACGCCGUAUCCCGACGAGUCGGCAUUGCUUUCGCCUAGAGCCGAGACUAUGACAACAAACCCACUCCAUGACGUACAUGAGGUCGCUGGGAUGCGAUUUGUUGAAUCGCCCCCAACGCCCACAGAAAGCUUGUUCUCUCCAAGGGAAGCAUCUUUCCCGACGGACCCGUUUUCAUUUUUUGGCCGCAUGAUGGGUUUCAAUCGGCCGGCACAAGCAGCCGACCCUCGAAGCCCACCUACAAGAGGGGAAGCUCCGAUUAUUCGCUCCAUUGAUGAGCUUCUGUAA